AGAAAGUGUGAGCUACACGACCAAGACCAACGCAGAGAACGCAAACGCAAUCUAAAACACACGCAGACUUCAUUUUUCACUUCACUGUGUAACCAUUUAGGGUUUCAUUCAUCCUUCAUCGCUAUUGUUUCCACAUGAAUGCAAACCCUCACCCCAGCGCCACCCGGCGCCGCCCUGUUUUCAACAAUCCAACUCCCCACGGCGGAUGGAAUUCCCACCCCCGUCCCCGUCCCGUCCACCAUUCAUACACUUACUGGAAGCCCCAAUUGCAACCAAACCACUGCCUGGACCGUCCUCCGGAGCCCAAUUUCGUCGUGAAGCUCCGUUCCAGCCGCCGUGCCUACCGCCGGGAGGACGUUGAGUCCUUGAUCGGCAAAUGCAAGUCGGCGCCGGAAUAUUCCUCUUUUUACCCCAGCGAUCGCGUCGCCGCCGUCCUCAAUUUCCGGGAGUGGGUGGACGCACGCGACGCCGUCGUUUGGUUCUGGGAAUCGCGCCUCUCCGGAGUCCACGAUUUCACGCCGGAGCUCACCUGGAACGUUCGCGUCCCUUCCGACAGGGUUGAACUCGAAGGUUGCCUCCGAACCCUAUUCGCGAGCCACGUGAAGGGGUUGAUGGAAGGCAAGGAGGUGAAGCGUUGGGUAGCAGAAAGCGAGAGAUUAUCGAAGGAGAUUGCACAAGCUGCAAACAUGUUGGGUAAAGUUUUGCCAAUUGGCGUGCACUGGCAGCAGAUGGAGAAGAAGAAAGGGCUUGAUGAUGAGAAGAAACUGAUUGAAAGGAGAAUACAAGAGUUUAAUUCUGCAAUGGAGUGUAUAUUGCAGUAUCUGGAGGAGAAUAAGGUGGAGGGUGGUGAUGAUGUUCUUAGUGUGUUUAGGUUUGAUGGAAGUUUGGAUUGGAAGAAGAUUCACUGCCUGAUCAUGAGGGAGUGUCGCAGACUUGAGGAUGGAUUGCCAAUUUAUGCUUACCGAAGGGAUAUUCUUCAGGAAAUACAUUCUCAACAGAUAAUGGUAUUGAUUGGAGAGACUGGUUCUGGGAAGAGUACGCAGUUGGUACAGUUUCUUGUUGAUGCAGGCAUCGGUACUGAUGAGUCCAUAAUAUGCACCCAACCUCGCAAGAUUGCUGCCAAAUCAUUGGCUCAAAGGGUCCAGGAAGAAAGCACUGGAUGUUAUGAAGGCAAUUCAAUCAUGUUUUAUCCUACAUCUUCAUCCCUUUGCGACUCUGAUUCUAAGAUAAAAUUCGUGACAGAUCACUGUUUAUUGCAGCACUACAUGAGUGAUAAUAAUUUGUCUGGGGUCUCGUGCAUCAUAAUUGAUGAGGCUCAUGAAAGGAGCUUAAAUACUGAUCUACUGUUGGCAUUGAUAAAGAAUUUACUGUGUAAGAGGGUUGAAAUGCGCCUUAUCAUUAUGUCUGCUACAGCUGAUGCAAAGCAGCUAUCUGAAUACUUCUAUGGUUGUGGAAUUUUUCACGUGCUUGGGAGAAACUUUCCUGUGGAUGUUAGAUAUGUUCCUUCUGACUAUGCAGGACAGUCUGGUUCUGCUGUUGUUGCCUCUUAUGUUUCUGAUGUUGUCAAAAUGGCGACUGAGAUUGACAAAACUGAGAAAGAGGGAACUAUUCUUGCCUUUUUGACCUCGCAGAUAGAAGUAGAAUGGGCCUGUGAAAAGUUUGUAGCUCCCUCAGCAGUUGCGUUGCCCUUACAUGGAAAACUUUCGCCUGAAGAGCAAUUUCAUGUUUUCCAGAACUACCCGGGAAAAAGAAAAGUGAUAUUUUCAACAAAUCUUGCAGAGACAUCACUUACAAUACCUGGUGUUAAGUAUGUGAUAGAUUCUGGGUUGGUUAAAGACAGUCGAUAUGAUCCUGGCAGCGGAAUGAAUGUACUUAAGGUUUGCUGGAUCAGCCAGAGCUCUGCUAAUCAGCGGGCUGGUCGUGCCGGGAGGACUGAGCCUGGUAGGUGCUACAGACUGUACUCAGAAGCUGAUUAUCAGUGUAUGGAACUAAAUCAAGAACCUGAGAUUCGAAGAGUUCAUCUUGGUGUAGCAGUUUUGAGGAUUCUUGCUUUAGGAGUGAAGAAUGUGCAGGAUUUUGAUUUUGUUGAUGCUCCAAGUCCUAGCUCUGUUGAGAUGGCAAUCAAGAAUCUAAUUCAAUUAGGAGUCAUUCAGCUGAAAAAUAAUGUUCAUGAAUUAACUCAUGAAGGUAAGUGCUUAGUAAAAAUGGGGAUCGAACCUAGGCUUGGUAAACUUAUUCUUGGCUGUUUCAAUCUUGGUUUGGGUAGAGAAGGCAUUGUCCUUGCUGCUGUGAUGGCCAAUGCUAGUAGCAUAUUUUGCAGAGUUGGUAAUGAAGGUGAUAAGCAAAGAUCUGACUGUCUUAAAGUGCAAUUUUGCCAUUCUGAUGGUGACCUCUUUACUCUUCUUGCUGUGUACAAGAAAUGGGAAGCUUUGCCUCAAGAAAGGAAGAACAAAUGGUGUUGGGAGAACAGCAUCAAUGCCAAAUCUAUGAGGAGAUGCCAAGACACAAUUUCAGAGCUAGAAUCUUGCCUUGAGCGUGACCUUCCCUUUGUUGUUCCAAGUUACUGGCGUUGGGACCCUUGCAUGCCCUCUGCUCAUGAUAAAAAUAUGAAAAGGGUUAUACUGUCCUCACUUGCUGAGAAUGUAGCCAUGUACUCUGGAUGCAAUCAUCUUGGUUAUGAAGUAGCACAAACUGGGCACCAUGUUCAACUACAUCCAUCUUGUUCAUUGCUUGUAUUUGCUCAGAAACCUGGUUGGGUGGUUUUCGGUGAGCUGCUUUCAGUUUCUAAUCAAUAUUUGGUCUGUGUAAGUGCUUUUGACUUUCAAUCAUUGGAAGACCUUUACCCUCCUCCCUUGUUUGAUGUGUCCAAGAUGGAACAGCGGAAGUUGCAAAUCAGGAGAUUGACUGGUUUUGGCUGUAUGCUUCUGAAGAGAUUUUGUGGGAAAGCCAACAGUAAUUUGCUUGGUCUUGUAUCGCGCAUAAGGAAAGCAUGUAUGGAUGACCGUAUUUUCAUUCAAGUGAGUGUUGAUGAGAAUGACAUCCAGUUAUAUGCCACUUCACAUGAUAUGAAUACAGCCCUUAGUUUGAUUAAUGAUGCUUUAGAAUAUGAGAAGAAGAGAUUAUAUACUGAAUGCAUGGAAAAAUAUUUGUAUCAUGGAUCUGGUUUCUCACCUUCCGUAGCUUUGUUUGGGUCUGGUGCUGAGAUAAAGCAUUUGGAACUUGACAAACGUUCCUUGAGUGUUGAUGUGUUUCACCCAAACAUAAAUGCAAUUGACGACAAGGAACUCUUGAUGUUUUUUGAGAAGAAUAUCUCAGGUUCUAUCUGUGCUGUGCACAAGUUCACAGGCAUGACAAAGGAGGUUGAAAAUAGAGAAAAGUGGGGCAAGAUAACAUUUCUGUCCCCUGAUGCUGCUAAAAGAGCUGCUGAACUAGACGGAGAGGAGUUUUGUGACUCGUCCUUGAAAAUUGUUCUGUCACAAACAGCUAUGGGAGGAGAUAAAACAUUUUCAUUUCCUGCUGUUACUGCAAAAAUUUCUUGGCCUCGUAAAUUUAGCAUGGGGUUUGCCAUAGUUAAAUGUGACAUAAAAGAUGUCAAUUUCAUCUUGAGAGAUUUCUCUAACCUUGCAAUAGGAGGAAGGAAUGUUCGAUGUGAAGCUAGCAUAAAGCAUGAGGAUAGUGUAGUGAUAAGAGGGCUUGACAAAGAGCUCUCGGAAGCUGAAAUUUUGGAUGUACUUAGAAUGGCUACAAGUAGAAGAAUUCUGGAUUUUUUCUUGGUGAGAGGAGACGUUGUUGGAAAUCCACCAUGCAAUGCCUGUGAAGAGGCACUCCUAAAAGAAAUUUCCCCCUUAAUGCCCAAAAGAAACCCCCACAUUAGUUCUUGCCGCGUUCGUGUGUUUCCACCUGGGCCGAAGGAUGCUUUUAUGAGAGCUCUAAUCACUUUUGAUGGAAGAUUACAUUUAGAGGCAGCAAAAGCUUUGGAGCAAAUUGAAGGAAAGGUGUUGCCUGGAUGUCUUUCAUGGCAGAAGAUAAAGUGCCAACGGUUGUUCCACAGCACCUUGACAUUUCCUAUUCAUGUGUAUCCUGUGAUCAAGGAACAACUGGAAAAAGUACUUGCAAGCUUCAGCAAAUUAAAGGGUGUUGAGUGGAAGCUGGACAGGACUGCUAAUGGUUCCCACCGAGUGAAGAUAACAGCCAAUGCCACAAAGACAGUGGCAGAAGUUAGGAGACCUCUGGAAGAACUAUUGAGAGGCAAAACCAUUGACCACGACAGCCUCACCCCCGCAGUUCUACAGCUCAUGUUGUCUAGAGAUGGCUUGAAUCUUAAAAGCUCAUUACAGCAAGAGACAGGAACUUACAUGUUUUUUGACAGGUACAACCUUGAUUUACGUGUGUUUGGUUCCCCGAACAAGAUUGCUUUGGCUCAGAAGAAGGUGAUUCAAUGCCUACUCUCUCUACAUGAAGGAAAACAGCUAGAAAUCCAUCUGAGAGGGAGGGAUCUACCUCCUGAUUUAAUGAAGCAAGUGGUUAAGAAUUUUGGGCCAGAUCUCCAUGGACUAAAAGAGAAGGUACCUGGGGCCGAUCUUAAACUCAACACACACCGCCAGAUAAUCUUUCUUCAUGGUAACAAGGAGUUGAAACCAAAAGUAGAGGAAAUGAUUUUUGAGAUUGCACGUUCAAGUCAUCAUUUGGUUGAGAGACCUGACACCGGACCUAGUUGCCCAAUUUGCUUGUGUGAGGUUGAGGAUGGAUACCAGCUUGAAGCCUGUCGUCAUUUGUUCUGCCGGUUAUGUCUGGUGGAGCAAUGUGAAUCUGCUAUAAGAAACCAAGGCAGUUUCCCAAUAUGUUGUGCUCACGGGGGCUGUGGAGAUCCCAUUGUGCUUACAGAUUUGAGAUCUCUCUUAUCAAAUGAUAAGUUGGAGGAACUUUUCAGGGCUUCUUUGGGAGCUUUCGUGACAUCGAGUGGGGGAAUAUACAGGUUUUGCCCGUCUCCUGACUGCCCCUCAGUUUAUCGAGUUGCAGAUCCUGAGACAGGUGGUGAGCCAUUUGUUUGUGGUUCAUGUUAUUCUGAGACUUGUACCAGGUGCCACUUAGAGUAUCAUCCAUUCCUUUCGUGUGAGAGAUAUCGUGAAUUCAAGGAAGAUCCGGACUCAUCUCUGAAGGAGUGGUGCAAAGGGAAAGAGCAAGUUAAGAGCUGCCCUGGCUGUGGUUAUACAAUUGAGAAGGUUGAUGGUUGCAACCACAUUGAGUGCAAGUGUGGAAACCAUGUCUGCUGGGUUUGCUUGGAGUUCUUUAAAAGUAGUGAAGAAUGUUAUAACCAUUUGAGAAAUAUACACAUGGCCAUUAUAUAAAUUGCCAGUUGCGUACUUAUUUACUGCGUUUUAAGUAUAUGGGUAUAUAUAUAGUACAUAGAUGUAGAAAAAUGUACAGUUUAACUUGAACUAAUAUAUAUAUAUAGAGUAGCAGUUCUGCAU